AUUAACCAAAUUCUUAUGUACCUAUUAAUCGGUAAAUUCUAUCCCAUGAGUAAAUUCUAUCCAAUUAGAAAUAUAGUUAGAUUAGAAGAGAUUGGGUAGGAAUUGAUCAUAUCCGCAGGACCUCUGUAAUCCCUUUAAAUAGCCGCUAAAUGCAUUUUGAAUACCACAUUAAAAACUUUCUGCCUGUUUAUUCUUAAAACUUAUCUAUGGAUCUCGAUCUUUCCCCAAAGUUGGCCAAAAAGGUGUACGGAGGAGAUGGCGGUGCUUAUUACGCCUGGUCCCCGGAGGAGCUUCCGAUGCUCCACCAAGGCAACAUCGGCGCCGCCAAGCUUGCUCUUGAGCAGAACGGCUUUGCUCUUCCUCGCUACUCUGAUUCCGCCAAGGUUGCCUAUGUUCUUCAAGGUGAAAAUCUACUCUGAUUAUGUGCUGUUGAUGCUUGCCGAGUAUGAUUACUUGGUAGAAUAUAAGUUUUCAUAUUUGAUCUCUGUCUCCUGAUCGUUGAUUUUUUUGAGUACUUAAUUUGGUAUGAUCGUUGAUUCGAAUUGCCAAGUAUCUCACCUAUUUGCGAUUUGUUACCCCGAAAGUUUAAAUUCUGGAUAAAAUCAAUCACUUAUAUGAACCAUCAGCAGAUUUUUUUAGAACUAUAAAAUAUGCAAUGCUGGAUUCAAUACUAGUUUUGUAAUGUAAUACUCAAAUCGGUGGAAUUUUUUCUAAAUCUAUGCUUGACAGAUAUUUAUUUAUUAGUUUAUACUACAUGGAUUUUGAUUUGAUGAUGAUGAUCGAAUGCACUGUUCAGGUUAUGGAGUUGCCGGAAUUGUCCUUCCUGAGAAGGAAGAGAAGGUUAUCUCCAUCAAGAAGGGAGACGCCAUUGCUCUUCCCUUUGGUGUAGUCACCUGGUGGUACAACAAGAUGGAGACGGAGCUCGUAGUUCUCUUCCUUGGUGACACCAAAACGGCCCAUAAGCCCGGUUCUUUCACCGACUUCUUCUUGACUGGUCCGAACGGCAUCUUCACUGGAUUUUCAAGUGAGUUUGUUUCCCGGGCAUGGAAUCUGGACGAGAGUGUCGUGAAGAAGCUCGUGGGUAGCCAAUCCAGCAAGGGCAUUGUGAAACUUGAACCGGGUUUCCAGAUGCCCGAACCCAACCCAUCCCACAGGGAAGGCAUGGCAUUGAACUGUGAGGAAGCGCCCUUGGAUGUUGACAUUAAGGAUGGUGGCAAAGUUGUGGUGCUGAACACAAAGAACUUGCCUUUGGUUGGAGAGGUUGGGCUUGGAGCUGAUCUGGUGAGGUUGAAUGGGAACGCCAUGUGUUCCCCUGGCUUCUCUUGUGACUCAGCCCUACAGGUGACUUACAUUGUGAGGGGUAGUGGGCGUGCUCAGGUUGUAGGUGUGGAUGGGAAGCGUGUGCUGGAGACUACAGUCAAAGCAGGCCACUUGUUCAUUGUUCCAAGGUUCUUUGUUGUUUCUAAGAUUUCUGAUCCUGUUGGCUUGGAGUGGUUCUCCAUCAUCUCUACUCCAAACCCUAUUUUCACUCAUUUGGCUGGGAAGACAUCAGUGUGGAAGGCGCUUUCACCUCAAGUGCUUCAGGCUGCUUUCAAUGUUCCGGAAGAUGUGGAGAAGGAGUUCAGGUCGAAGAGGACUGCAGAGGAGAUAUUCUUCCCCCCACCAAACUGAUUGAUUUAAUCAGUGAUUUGAUUAUCUUUUUUUGGCUUUAGUUGUGCGAUAGUAGUUUUUUACCAAUAAAGAUACUCUAUAAAGUUCGUUUACUGAAUUUCAUCUUUUGUGGUGCUUUCUCGUGUUUGGGUACAUCAAUUGACAAAAAGAGAAAUGUCAUACAGUAUAAGAAAUAUGCUUCUUCUAUUCGAUCAAAUUCUUAUAGUUGCUUUGAUUUUUCUAUUGAUAUUAUGAGUUCCGGCCAAGCAAGGCGUUGCCAAGCUAUAUUUUAUUAUCUAGUGAUAAUUAUUAUAAUCAAACGUGGACAAUUUGAA